AUGGAUGAUUAUGAUUAGUUUUCUGAUAACUCUAUUGAAAUAACUUUAAAUGAACAUUAAGGAAAUGAAUCACACAAAAUCGAGAAAAGUAUCACUCGAUACUUGAAAAACUUAGGUCUUAAAAUGAAAACGAACCCUCUGAUUAAAUAAUUAAAAUAUGAAAGGUCAAACAAUCAAAUCAUUGAUGUUCUAACUUCAAAAACCCUGUCUUCUUGUGGUAAUAUUUUGAAGGAAACAGAAACAGAUUAUAAGACUUUAUUCUCAAAAAAUCCAUUCUUGAAAAGAAUCAGAAAAUAAAGUUCUUCUUUUUAAAUGUUGCAUCACACAUGAGG